AUGGCCUGCUACGACCGCUGCGGCUCUUGCGGACCCACCCCGCUGGCUAACAGCUGCAACGAGCCCUGUGUCAGGCAGUGUGAGGCUUCCCGGGUCGUGAUGCAGCCUCCUCCUGUCCUCGUCACCCUCCCAGGACCCAUCCUCACCUCCUUCCCCCAGAGCACCGCCGUCGGAUCCUCCGCAUCCGCUGCCGUGGGCAACGACCUCAGUGCCCUGGGAGUGCCCAUCAACUCCGGAUACGCCCUGGGCUAUGGCCUGGGAGGCCUGGGCUAUGGCUACGGAUGUGGCUACGGCCUGGGAGGUAGAGGAGGCUGUGGCAUCUGCUAA